CCUACAAAUGGAAGAUGAGUUGAAAUGAAAGUUGUGCGAGUGUUGGCGAGCCUGGCAGUAAAGUUUCACAAAUAUACCGCCAGGUAGCGAGAAGAAAACAAGACAUGUCUGCCAGGGGAACUGCACACAUUUUUUAGCCGUAUUAUUCGUCUUUAAUGAUGACUUUUCUACAUAUGUUGUGGCCUGGCUAAGGAUGUUUUCCUUGCGUAUAGUAACAGUUGACCACUAUCAGGGAGCACCUGUAAAUGGUUUGGAUCCCCAAUAUUCAACUUUUCGGGGAGCUCCAGUAAAACGUGUUCCUGUGUUACGUAUCUUUGGUGCCACACCUAAAGGACAAAAGGCCUGUCUUCACAUCCAUGGUGUGUUUCCAUACAUUCUGGUCCCAUGUGAUGGAUCCGAGCCUCUCACCCGUCUCCCUUAUACUUUGGCUGCUGGUAUUGACAGGGCGCUUAAUAUUGCCCUGGGUCAUGCCUCGUCCAACACACAACAUGUAUAUAAAAUCACACCAGUGUCUGGAAUACCAUUUUAUGGAUACCAUUCAAAGGAGCACCAGUUUCUCAAAAUAUUCUUCUACAAUCCUUCUCUUGUUAAAAAGGCAGCAGAACUUCUUCAAAAUGGGGCCAUUCACAACAAAGUAUACCAGCCACACGAGUCACACGUGCCAUAUGUGUUGCAGUUUCUCAUGGACCAUAAUCUACAUGGAAUGAAUAUGAUACACCUUUCAACAUGCAAGUUUAGGCAGAUAGAGGGGAUUGAUGAUACAGAGGGUGUCUUUAUACGUUCCCAUGCUGGUGUAUCAGAAAGUUUGGAGUCAGCCCCUACUCAGAGUUGUGGGAAUGUAAGCAGCUCCCUGCAUCCAAGUACCAAAAUAUGGACGAAAGAGAGCGUGCCACAGAGCCUGUGGUUGCCUGAAACUGUUUCCAGAAUGACUACUUGUGAACUUGAGGUGGAUGGCCUUUCUUUAGAUAUCCUUAACAGAUUGCAAAUUGGAACUGGAGUAGCUACAAAUCCUGGGCUGUCAUACAUAUGGGAAGAUGAGAUAGAAAGACGGCAGGCUCGAGGGGGCUCAAGAGAAGACCUCCAGCCACCUGACUCUCCUCCAAGAACUAACGUCACCACCUCAAACUCGGAGCUGUUCUACAGAUCUGUUCUAAAGGAGAAAUUAACUGCUCUUGAAAAGAAGGCUCAUGAGUGCAGCGAAGAACUACCAAGCAGCCAGUACAGGAUAUCAGUCACUCCCGAUGAUUCCACAUUGUGCUCGGCUACAACAGUAAAUGCUAUUACUAAGGCAGAUGUUUCCUCAUAUGGGAAUGAAGGAGCUGGUAUACCACGACAGGAAACAACAGAUGAAACUUUAGAAGAAUCUUGUGUGGAUGAAGAGCUCAUAUUAAGUCUGACACAACAAGCACCUUCUCAGUGGAUGGAUUCAGCAGAUGAAGAGCUAUUAAGUGUUAUGGUUGGAUUAGCAGAUGGCUCACAGAUAGUUUCUCCAGAUGAUAAUGAUGCAGUUCUUUCCACACAGAAAUCCAUAUGUUCUUCUGGGAAAGGGCUGAGUCAGAAUCCAGCUUGGGAAGGCAAUCUUGGCAGAGAAGAUGAAAGUGAAGAAGAAGAAACUAGGGAAAUGACUCAGCGCAUAUGGGAUUCAAUAUUACCAUCUGAAGAAGAGGCAGAGAAUAGAGUGGAGGGCCAGGAUAAACUGCAUAAGCUUCCUUCCAUGGUGAGGGAAGAAGACGGAAGUAUGGAAGGUGUAGAUCAUUCAUCGUUUUGCUUACCACAGCUUGAUGGUCCUGCUGAUUGUGAGCCACAGUCUAGAUUAGCAGUAAGGACUAAGAGUUUUGGUACCAGAGAAACCUUUGUGCCUUCAGGUAGUGCCCGGAUCUCGAAACAGAAUCCUGUGAUAUUGAAAAAAGCACAAGACUGUAGUAACAAAGACAGAACUGACCAUUUUGGUAAAAUGACUCGAUAUAAUGAGAAAGCUGCUGUUUCAGGGACAAAUUCUCCUGAGAAGUCAGUGUCUCGUAGAAUUUAUAGUGUUAUGAGUAAAUGCUCUACUGAUAAAAAAAUAAGUUAUAAGUGUAGUGAUAGUGAUUCUAGUGAUGAAGAUUUUGUGAUUCCUCAGUUUGAUGGUGCAAAUGAUUUUAUUUCACGCAAGAGCAGACGGCAACAAUCAUCACACAGCAACACGAAUGCCCAACGUAGCAUGGAACGAAAUGCAUUUUCUGUGGCAUCUCAGCGACACAUUAACCAUAGUAGUAGGUCCACAUCAGAUAGUACACGUGAUACAUUUCAUGAAAAUAUUUUAAAAAGGAACAGAGGUGAUGGAAGUAUGGGGACUAGAGUUCCAUUAUCAUCUCAACACUCCCAUUCACAGCAUCAAGGCCCUCACACGAGACAUCAAGUUGCCUCACCCUCUGUGCCUUAUUCUACUGCUUCCCAGGGUUCAGUGCCUUCCUCACUUAACAGUGUACCUGGUAAUUCUUCAUCCUCUGUUCCCUCUGACUUUGGUAUUAAUGAGAUGCUUGACCUCCCAGACUUCAUGGAUUUAUCUUCACGUAUGUCUUUAGCUGAAGGCCAGAGUUCUAGUAUUAUUAGUAGUAAUGCUUUACAGGGUAAUACGUGCUCACAGGCUAAAAAUAAGUCUUCCAGGGGGAAUAGAAAAGUAAAUAACCAGUCACAGCAUUUAGCCAAAACCACAAUGUCCAGGGAGGCUCAUUUACCAGCGCAGUCACCUUCAGUAGCUGCUGUGCCAGGACAAAUGAAUAUUACUCCUCUGUCAAAUAUUGGGGUAUCUCGGAGAGUUCCUGGCAUUGGAAAUGCCCUGGUUGUGCCAGCACUUGUUACAAACACAAGAGUAAAUGUAAGUGGUCUCAACAAUUCUCAGAUGGUACUUCCACCUAAUUAUGUUUUGCAGCAACCUGGUAAUCUCAGUGUCAGACACUCACCUUUAGGUACUGCAAACCAAAAUUCAUCUGGCUUACUGUUAGUGUCACAGGCAUCAGCCAGUCACAUUGCCACCACUUCUUAUGAGGGUUUACAAAAACACUCAAAUUCUCGGGGGCAUAAUAAACAUGAUUCAGGAAUGUCUCAGUCUCAAAGUCAACAAAAUUUGGGUGUAAAUAAUACUGGUCAGGAGUCAGCAUGUCCUCAAGUACCUAGUCAGAAUCACAAAGUCUCUCAAAAAGCCUAUGCUACACAAUCUAAACAGGAAUUGGAACAGAGUAUGCCAGAGACUGCAGUUGGCAUGUGUGGGGCAAUAAAGACAGUAUUUCGACAAAAUUCUGAACACUCGGUAUAUUCACCCAUAUCUGAUGAGUCUGAUACAGAUGUGCUAAAUACUACUAGAAAAAUUACUGCAAACAGUGAUACCAUUGAAACAAUAGAUAGUGAGCCUAAGAUUACUGAACCCUCAGGCAGGGAAGAUAUUCUAAAACAAGCAUUUGAUAUGACACUUUUUGAAGUUAUUGAUCUUGAAGUUGAACCUAUGGAUGCUGAUGACAGUAAUGUGGAGACUGAGUCAAACAAUUUGUCUGAGGAAAAAACUGUAAGUAUGCAAAUUCAGCAGUCUCCCUAUCUAACUACAUAUACACAUGACUUUGACAGUGAAAAUUUAAUAGAAGCUAGCAAUAAUAAUGAAAAUAAAAGUGCAGUGGCCAAAAAGGCAGUGAUGAAAGAAAGUGUAAAGUACGAGGAUGGAAACAAGUUCAGUGGCAAUGUAAGCCACCUCGAGCAAAGUUUAGCCACCAUGUCUACAAAGGAGGCUCCUGCACCAAGUACAAAAUUCAAGAAGGACAAAAAGGAAAGAGAGAAGGUACAUAAUAAGCAGAAGACUUUGAGAUCUGAGUUGCAACAUAAAUCAUAUAUCAGUAACGUGAAAGGAGAGUGUGAGGUAAGUGCCACCAGUUCCUCUCAUAUACCAUCAAGAAAUACUUCUGCAAGAAUACAAACCAGCCAGUCAAGUCUCCCAUCUGUUAUGAAUGAUGAAAUGCAAAGACCUCAAAGAACAGUCCAGAGUGCUGGAGCUGUUCCUGAAACUCAGGUUAGGCAUAGUUCUUGUGGAGAAAGCACAGAAGGGUCAUAUUUGUUUGAUGUUGACUAUGAUCUUGCUCCACAUACACCUGGAAGUUUUCUUCCAGUUCAUGACCGAUCUCCAAGUCCAGGACACACUCCAUCCUCAGAGUCGAGACCCUCUCAAUCUUGCUCUUCUCACAUAUUAACUGCUGGUAAAAAGAUUCAUUCCUCGCAACAGAGAAAAUUAUCUGAUGUUGAAAACCCUGACUGGUAUCAUCUUGAUUGCCCUCCAACCCCGGGAAAUCCACUAAAAGAAACUUGGUCUCGACAAGAGGAAGUCUCAAGUCCUAGUAGUGGAAAUAAGGAUGCAAAAAGUAACCCAUUUCGACAGAGUGUGAACAAACCUUCUCCAUCCUCUAGUGAGAAUAGUCAAGCACUUGAAGGAAGUAGUGUUCCCAAAAAGAAAUCUCAUAAAAAAAUUGCAAGAUUAUUUGGAUCCUUUUCACCUCCAUUACCAGUAAUAGAAACUGCACCAGAGAAGAUGAAGUCACUAAGUGUGGAGCCAUCGAGUGACAGCUUUGACUUUGAUGAUGAAAAUGAUACUCCCGAGCGUCCUCAGACACCUGGUCGAGAAGUUCGAGAUCAUUCAUUUACUGCUGCUUCUAAAGAUGUUUCUCCUGUACAGAAGAAGCACAUGCAUGAUUAUGUUUUCGACUUUGACAUGAAUAGUCCUCCUGAGAGACCAGUGACUCCUGGGGGUAGUCAGGAAGUGCAGGACAUUCUUUCCAGUGAUCCUGGUAAAGAGUCUAGUCAGGUUAGUUAUCAGCAGUUUGAAUCUGUAUUUGAUCCAGACUUCAUGCCUCUUACACCUUUAGAGCGUCCUAGAACACCUGGGGCUGGAUCUUCCACUUCAACCCCUCAAACUUCAGAUAAAGAAUCACCUCGCUCCUCUAGGUUGGGCAAGGCGUCUCAAUUGACAGGUUUGCCAGGUGAUUCUUCAUUGUUACCAAGAUGUCUCCACUCAAACGAGCAACAAGAAUCCAAGUCAGGUGAAGAGAGACAAGCAUCAAAACAUUCUGUGUCACUUCUGGAAGAUCAGGAGUCUGUUAAAGAUAUAUCAAGGAACAAAUUUUCUUCUCAGCAAAAAGCAGCUAGAGAGAAGAGUGGUAUGAGUGAUAGAGAGUCCUUUAACAAAGGUAAGACAAGUUUAUUAUCUAGCGAAACAAGCCAAAGACAAAAUGAGAAGAACAUAAAAGAUGUUAAAAGCACAUCCACUGCAUCCGUGGCAACUUUGAACUCGCGAAGUCAUUUGAGAGAGCCUAGAUCAAGGCAUUCUGAUCAUAAAAGUCAUGCCAAGGAUACUGUGGAAUGUGACAGUCAAUCAGGGUCUCAUUUUACAUCAAAAUAUCUGGAAAGAAAAUCACAGUCUGAUAGAAAAUUUGAGCAGUCUGCCCAUAGAGAAUUGUCUUGCAUAAGCAGUGAUGCUGUGGAACGUGACAUUCAAGCUAGAUCUCAUUUUGGGGGUAAAAAUCAAGAACGAAGGACACAGCAUGAUAGGAAAGUUGAGCAUCCAGUCCGUAGAGAUGUAUCACACACAGAUAGAAUGCCACAGAAGUUAGAUCACACCUCUGACCAGAAGAAAACCACUGGACCAAAGGACUGUAAUAAAAUGACCAGUCAAUCUUCAGCUUUUGGAGAAUGUGAAACUGACAGAAGUAUUGACACGAAAGGAAGUGGUAGAGUUUGGCACAGUGUAAGACCUAUAUAUCCACCCCAGCAUUCUGAUAGAGACCAUAGAGAGGAUAGUGGAAAAAAGUCAGCUCUCAGGCCAUCCACUGGACAAUCAGUGAUGUAUACAUGUGACACUGGACCAAAAUCGAGCAAACCACAUCAUGUCUCAAGACUUAUGGAAAGCCAGAGACCAGAAGGAAGUCGACCAUCAUCUCAGCCUUCUAGAAUAAAUAGCUUUAGUACGAAGAUAGAUAAUAUUAGGCCAUUAUCACAACCUGGUAGCCGCCAUCAGUCUCCUAACAGAAACAGAUUUCAAGGGGAAAACUGGUCUCAGUCACUACCAAGAAAUCGAUCCCAUUAUUAUCCAGAGAUUAAAGGGAAUCAACAGAGGAGUCAUCAGCAUGCCAGAAACAUGAAUCCAACAUCCAUAGGAUGUUCUGUUUCUUCACCGAAAAACAGGGCACACUUUUCACCAAAAAACCAAGCACAGUUCUCCACAUCAGAGAACCGUUCACAGGCAUCACCACGUUAUCAACCACAGUCUUCAUCGGAGAACCGUUCACAUGUAUCACCACGUUAUCAACCACAGUCUACAUCAGAGAAUCGAUCACAGGCUUCAACACGUUAUCAACCACAAUCUUCAUCAGAGAACCGAUCGCAUGCUUCACCACGUUGUCAACCACAGUCUUCAUCGGAGAAUCGAUCACAUGUAUCACCACGUUAUCAACCACAGUCUUCAUCAGAGAACCGAUCACAGGCUUCAAUACGGCAUCAACCACAAUCUUCAUCAGAGAACCGAUUGCAAUCAUCACCACGUUAUCAACCACAAUCGACAUCUGAAAAUCAGUCUCAACAUUCGCAGGAAAAUCAACCUCAAAUUUCACCAGGGAGUAGUUCAAAUUCUACAUCUCGAGAAGAUAGAUUAAGAUUAUUUCAUGGAAAUGGACCACACCCAAGUGUGAAAUCUAUGCAGUCUUCAACAGUGAAAUAUUCUGCAAAUGAUCAAAGAGCUUAUAAGACUGAGAGCCACUCAUUUUCAUCAAGAAAUAGACCUCAUUUUCAGCACUCUAGUCAUACUAAUUUUCACUCACAAAACUGGUCUUAUCCACCAGAGAAUCAAUCAAGAUCAUCUGGAGGUCAACAUUGGCUUCAGCAAGGAAAGUUCUCAGGCUCUUAUGGAAACCGGCAGCAGGCUGAACAACCAAAGUUUUCGCAUGAUCAAACUUUAAGACAAAAAACUUUGAAGUCUAUCCCUACUCUGGAAUCAAGCUUUUGUAGAGAGAAAAGCAGUAAUGUGAUUAAAUCACCUGAUGUCAAAGACUCUCUGAGUCAGUCAAAUUAUCAAAGAACAGAAGAUUCUACAAGUGAAAAAGUAAAGCUGGAUUCAAAGAAACAGCCAGAGAAUUAUGAAGAUGACUUUGUUUUUCCUCUUAUAGAUACAUCAUUACCACUGAUGAGUCCUAUGCCUUGCACACCUGCAGCUCAUCGUGAUGAUUCAUGCCCUGUCUCAGACACUAGUGGUGGUUCUCUGCCCACUUUAGACACAAUACAGCCUCCAAUGAGUCCCAUGGCUCCAACCCCCUGUCAUCAGUCACAAGAGGAUGUUACACCUCGCUUACAGCCUCUCAGUCCAGUUGAACCAUCUGUGAGUCUGUCAGGAUCCCUAACUCCAUCCAACUCAUCUUUCAUAUUGCCUUCAGCACCAGGCCCUAUGAUGAGUCCAAUCCCUCCCACUCCAGUAAGAGUAACAUCUCCAUGUCAUAUCAGUCCUAUGCCGGUGCUUCCUUCUUUAAUGGGAUCCAUGGUCAGUCCACUUCCUAAUACUCCAUUACAUAGUGUGGGAGAGAACUUCUCAAUGACAGGAACAUUACUGAGUCCUAUGCCUGCUACACCUCUUGGAAUGCCAGAUGCUGAGGAUCAUCCGCCAUCAGGCUCACAUGAAAGCCACUUUGGCAGUCUUCGGGAAGCUGCAGAACACUUCUCUGUUGAUCCUGUUAUGAGUCCAAUACCACAAACACCAGCCCAUUUAACUCAGAUGCCACCAGCACAGGUCCCAACCACUUCAGGAUAUAAUUUAAGACCAAGUUCUCCAAAAUUAGCCAAAAGUCCAGUCCCUCCAGUGCCUGAAUAUUCAGAGGAUGAUGAUUUUCCUCAGCAUCCUGGUUGGAGUCCAAUGCCUGUGUAUCCAUCGGUGGGACCCCUCGUUAGUCCAAUGCCACAAACUCCUAAUCAUUUUGGGACUGAAAAUGAUGAUCAUAAUUCAUUGAGUCCUCUCCCUACUUUGCCUUCAGCUCCUGGGCCUUUAAUGAGUCCAUUACCCCAAACACCAUCCUACAUAUCUCAGUCUUAUGCUCAUCAGUCUCCUGUUUAUAUGCCAUUCACUCCUAAUGUUCAUACCCCACAGACACCAACACACACUCCUCAAACACCUGUGCAAACUUCUCAGACUCCGGCACAUACAUCUCAAACAGUGAAUGUUAGUCAUUCACAAACUCCUCUAACACCGCCAUUGGCUUCUUUGACACCUCUACCAGCACCUUUGACACCUAUACAGACUCCUUUGCAAAAUCCUUUCACUCCUUUGCAACCUCCUCUAACACCUCUACAAACAUCCUGUACUCCUCGGCAGGACAUGUUGGCAUCUUAUCAAACUCCAAGAGCUUCUGUAAAAGAUAGAGAGAGACCAAAUACUCCUGUAAAUUCUACUUCAGCAGCAAGUUCCCUUGAUGAGUUAGGUUAUGGUGGAGGGGAUUAUAGUCCCAUGCCUGUUCUACCAUCAGUGCCAGGACCAGUAAUGAGCCCAAUGCCACAAACUCCUGUACAUCGACCUCAAAGCCCUUGCCCAAGUUUUCCUCCACAGGCGGUUUCUUGUGGUUCUGAAGAUAUAACCCCUACAGUUACAUCUGAUAUAUCAGAUAUUACAAUUUCACCUGAAACAAAAACUUCCAUAGGUGCACCUCAGUCCUUUGAUGACACAAAUUCUAUUUUUAGUCUGACAACUCCACCACUUGAUUCAAGUAAGAAAACACCUGUCUCAGCUGUUGUUGAUAACUCAGAUACUUUAAUAGCUAAUAUUUCUGGUGAAUCUGUACCCAUUGCUUCUAGCAGUGUUGUUCCUGUUUCGUCCCCAUCCAUAUUUUGUCCUGGGAGUAAUAAUUCUGACAUGAAAUCAUUUGGUUCACCAGAAACUAAUCUGCAGAGUCACCGUCUUCCAUCAGAAACUCAGCAGAAUAUAUUAAGCCCACUGUCACAUUCACAUAUAACUGGUGAGAUGGAACUCCAGCCCAGUCCUGCUCAACAUUUGCAAGUGUCUGUAGACAGUGGUUCCCAUCCAGUCUCUGGGACUCCAUUCCAAGUCACUGCAGAUGUUGGAUCUCAUUUGAGCCCAGUCCCUCACAUCCAGGCAAGCACAGGAGCUGGCUCUCAAUCCAAUUCUGUUCAUCCCUCUUCUUAUCAUAGUCCAGUUCCUCUUUCACACAUGUCUGCAGGCUCUGAUUUUCAUCCCAGCCCAGGACAUCAUCCACAUGUGACUGCUGCCACUGUUUCCCUUCCUAGUCCAGUGCCUCAGUCUCACAUGCCUGCUGGCAGUGGUUCCCAUCUCAGCCCAAGGCCUCAGUCCCAAAUGUCUUUUACCACAAUUUCUCAUCCCAGCCCAGGUCAUCAGUCCCAAAUGUCUUUUGGUACUGUUUCUCAUCCCAGCCCAGUACCUCAGUCCCAGAUGGCUGCUGGCAGUGUCUCUCAUCCCAGCCCAAGGCCUCAUUCCCAGAUGUCAUUUGCUGCUGUUUCUCACCCCAGCCCAGGUUAUCAGUCCCAGAUAUCUUUAGCCACUGCUUCUCUCCCUAGCCCAGGGCUUCAGUCCCAAGCAGUUGAUGUCUCUUUUGCUCAUACUAGUCCAAGGCCUCAUUCUCAAAUGUCCAUAGGUGCUGGUUCUCUUCCCAGCCCAAGACCUCAUUCCCAAAUGUCCAUAGGUGCUGGUUCUCAUCCCAGCCCAAGACCUCAUUCCCAAAUGUCCAUAGGUGCUGGUUCUCAUCCCAGCCCAAGGCCUCAUUCCCAAAUGUCCAUAGGUGCUGGUUCCCAUCCCAGCUCUGAUUUGCCUUCACCAGUACUUGCAGUUACUGUUUCUCAUCCUAGCCCAGUGUCUCAUUCAGAAAUGUCUUCAGGUAUUGGCUCUCAUUUAAGUCCAGUACUACAUUCACAAAUUCCUGUGAGUGUUGGUGCUCACUCUAGUCUAGUUACACAGUCUCAGAUUAUUGUAACAACACAUACAGCUGUCACAACACCAGCUGUAACCAUGACUGUUUCUGUUAAUGUGCCAUCAUCACAAGUCAUUACAACUAAUACUUUGGAUGGGAAUAAUCACCAAAUAAAACUUGGUGAUAACUUUUCUCAGGCUCUACACACAUCUACUGUUGUUACGAAUUCAGGGAAUAUUUCCCCCAAAUCUACUCAUUCAUUGUGGCCAGACUUGGCUUCUGUCUCACAGUCUAUUGAGAACACUCUUGGUAAUUCACAUUUAUCUACCAUAGAAACCAGUUGUUCCGUGCCAUCCGAAAUUCCUUGCAUUUCCUCGGAUAUUGGUAUAGCAUUCUGUACAAGUGGAGAAACACCAUCAUUAGUAACAUUGCUAACAACAUGUGCAUCAAAUACUCCCACCCAUGUAACUCAGUCUCAGAGUAUUUUGAAAGCAACUCUAUUAUCUGGGCUUAAUCGUAGAGAGACGUCUAUAAAAUCGGUGCCAUCUUGUUUUAAAUUACAGGAUUCUUUAUACUCAAGUGAUAUCCCUCAACUUCAAUCUAAUAUGAAUCAGAUUACAGCCUCCAGUUUGCUUCAGCCACAGGCUGUUUCUGUUAGUGAUACUCAGACACUGGGGCAGGGUAUUCCCAGUGCUGAAUCAGAAACUGCGCCUGUAUUAUUCUCAGGUGUUCUUCCUCACCUGCCAACAGGUUCAAUACUAGAUGGUGUACAGGCUAAUCUUGCUCUUCCCCAAGGUCCAUAUUCAUUAGAUGAUGGUCAAGAAGUAACGGGUUUGCCUCAAGUGAUAUUGAUGCCACAGUUACAAGGUUCUGUUCAAAUAAGUAUUCCACAUGGUGUUCCUACAACUAUUGCAGGUCAUCCUCUUCAGUUACCUCUUAUGAUAGGAACUGUUGUUUCUCAGGUAGAUACUCAGACCAGUCAACACAUGACCUCUGUAUCAUCCACAAAUCUUGAUGGAAUAAACUGUAGUGUUACAAAAUUACUUCCUACUGAAUCUGUCACAGUACCUGAAAUUAAUAUUCCAUUCACUCAGAACUCAGGAGAAGUCAUUGAAGCUAGUGUUGGCUCAAAUAUUCCAAAUCUUCAGUAUGCUGUGCCUAUCAGUUCUGUCGGAAGCAGCAUUAAUAACAGUGUGAGUGAAGUAGAGCCUACUUCAGCAUGUGAUCUCUAUCAAGUAACACCAAGUGUUAACCACUCAGUAUCUGGUACCAGUGAAGUCGAAGGUACUCUCGAUAUGGUGCAACAGGCUUUUCAGUCAUCUCUUCUUGAUACCGAAGAUGAUUUAGAAAAAGUUGAAAAACCCGCUAAUAAAAUACUGGCUGAAAUAGUAGACGAAUUGAGUAACCAGGACUUUUGCAUACCUUCAGAGGCUAUAUGUCUGCAAACUACAGCUGUAGAUAUGGAAAACAAUGAGGAUGUUGAUUCUGAGCAAAAUAACAUGGCAGUCACUAUGAAUUGUGAAAUGAGUCCUCCAUCUGGGAAUCCUACAUUAGUGGAAGUUGUCAGCUUUGACAUCAGAGGCAUAAAUCCAGCUGCACAAAAUUGUGAUAUCCCUGCAGGGGAUAAUGAGAAAGAGAGUACAAGCCCAAAUCAACCUUCACAACUUAAACCAUUGUUGAAAGCAAUUGAAGCUAUGCUAGAACAGCAGAUGCAGGAAGAUGCACAGAUAGAACAGGACAAUGAAAAGAAAGAUAAAGAGAAAAAAGAUGAGGGUACAGAUUCUGAGGAGAUUAAAAAAUGUACAUCCCAACAGGAACUGACAAGAGGAACUGAAACUAAAUCUGAAACACUGCAAGCCUCAUCAGCAGAAGAUGCUACAUGUUCACAGCAUGCUGCAAUUUCUGAGAAGACAUCUGUAGCAUAUUCAUCACCUGUUUUGCAGGGUUUAUUAAAUGGGAAAAGUGCACUAGAUCAUAUAUCAAGAUCAUGGGAAAAUCCUAGUUACCCAUCGGGAAAUGUUUUUCUUACCUGCAGUUCCAGUAGUGUAACAUCACAGGCGAAAGAAACUUCAGUAGGUGUGUCUGGCAUGUCACUUCCUUCUGUAGGUGUUUCAUUACAUGCAGGUGCUGUUCCUACCAGUGAAUCACAAACCUUUAACAUUAGAAAAGAAUCUCCACAAGGAGUAGUGAUUAAUUCAUCUAUAGAAGCAGCUGCUGCAUCUACAGUGAAUACUGCCACACCUACUUCAUCAUUUGCAACAGUAGUUUGUGCAUCUUCACAUGUGAAUAUUUUGCCAUUGUGCUCUUCAGGGUCUCUAAACCUUAUUUCCUCACAUCAGAGUUCACAGGUGUAUCCAGUGGAUGUUCCUACACAAGUGCCUCCGAGAGUAACUCAACCACUAGUAUCAUCACCUUUAGUUAUUACCCCUUUGAUUGAAGUGGGUACUACUAAUUCAGCAGCUAUAUGUAGUGCAAUGACUUCUCUUUCAUCAGCAAAUGCUACAUCACAAGACCUUUCUUCACAUGUUGAAACACAUUCAGAGUCUUUGGCAACAGAUGCUGAACAUCAGGCAGUGACAAAAAUGACUGAAACUUCAGUGUCUUUGGAUCACUCUGUGGAUUCUGUAUCACCUAGAGCUAGUGAAACACCAUCCUCUGAAAGUAGUCAAAGUGUUGUAUCGACUUCAGGUUCUGCUAUGCCUCUUCCAUUUAUAGGUUCUUACACAACUUCAUCAACAGCACCAAUUUCAUCAGAGUACACAAGGUCUUUGACACUUGCAUCAUCCCAAAGUUCUGUUACACAGGCAUCUCAUACAAAUUGUGUAACUGUGGCAGCUCACACAAGAUCUAUAACUUCAAAAGCUGUUAUGGAGUCUGCUUAUCCUAUAUCUUCAGUGGAAACACUGAUUCCGUUGUCAUCACAAGAAUCUGAGUUGCCAAUAUCACCUCUAAGAAAUGUUUCCUCUGACUCGUUUUCACAAAGAAACGUAGAUUAUAGGGGACCACAAACAGUGGCUUCUUUAGUUUCAAGUGAAGCGUGUGUCAGUGUUAGUUCACCACUUAUAACAAGGAAUGUUGCAUCACCAGCCACAUUGAUGACAUCAUCAUCAUCUACUCUCAUUCCACCAGUCGCUUCUCCAUUAACCACAACAGUUACAACCAGCAGCAUAUCUCAAGUUUCUUCUGGGCCCACAAUGUCUAGUGGGUUACUAGCUAGAGAACACGAAUCAAUAUCUACAGCUUUAAGCAUCUCAUCAAAGACUCCUUUAAUUCCACCAUGUGUUGUGGCCAGUAAUUCCCUUGAAGGCUUCAUGCAACAUUGUAAAUCUCUUCCUUUAUCUGUUAAUUCUCGAUUAGUCCCUAGUUUCCAGGAACAUCAAUUACACCCUGUGGAAAUAAAUAAAGAACAUUUAAUAAGUGAAAAAGGGCGGCAGCACUUGUCUGUAGGUGCACUACUGCAGAUGCCACAAGGUACUCAAGCACAGUUAUUUACUCCACAAGAAUUAGAAAAAAUUGUGCCACAACAUGCAUCACAUAAGAGACCACACUUCAAAAAGCAACUGAUUUCUUCAACAAUGAGUGUCAUGCAUUGUUCUGAAGAUUAUGAGUUAGAAAACAGUUCAAAGCUAUCAAAUAAUGGUUCAAAGUCUGAUCAGGGGGUAAUGCUAAAGGUUUCUCUUGGAAGUGCUAGUCCCCAGCCAAACAGGUUUGAAGUGUAUUCAUCCACUUCAGGUUCUGGAAAUUGUUCUUCAGUGUUAAUACCACGUCCUGGGGCUUUUGAACAUUCUGGUUUGUCAGCAAUGAGAGCAACCUUACCAGUGCCUCCUACUGUUCCUGUUGCACAAGCUAAGCAAGUCCACCUUGGUUCACAACCUGAUCUAGCUGGACCUAGCCCAGUAUCAGAUCAUGAUACACAGUCUGUUGAUUCUCUAGGAUCUAUCGGAGUUGAAUUACAGCAUCCUUUGUCUAGCCGAAUGUCAUCUAGUAGUGAUUUAGAGGCUCCACUGCCUCCAACUCCAUUUGGUCACAUUCGAAGAAUUAGAGAAUCUCCAUCAUUGUCAGGUAGUUCAAAGAGCAGAACCGAUAGGUCAGUAGAAAAUACCCCAACUAACUCUUUCAAGAUACCUACAUCUUCACCCUAUUUGGAUCCACAAAGCCAGCAGACAUCUCCUCUGUCUUUAGUAAUCCAGAAAGCAGGUACAAGCAGUAGCAACAACUUGUCUGCUGUUCUUCAUGAUAGUCUCAUGAAACGAUCAAGUGUUCAGGUUCAUUCUGAUGAACAGUCAUAUCAUGAUUCUAAAUCCCAGCAUAUACCUCAACGGUACCAACUUCCUCUUCCUGUGCCAGUUCAGGAAAUAUCUGUACGGGAUGAACGUGUUUGGCCUUUCCGUAAAAGAUCAAUUACAAUAACAUCUGAGGAUUCAGUUGAUUCAGAAGUGCAAUAUCAAGGAAGCUCUACUCCUUCAUCUCAAGUUGUUUCUUGUCUUAGAGGAACUCCUAGUUCUUUGGUUACUAAAGCAGGCAUUACCAGCUCCCCUCCUGGGGAUAGAGGAAUACAGACAAUGGCUCCUCCUAGUGUUCCAGGUGUCGCUCCUCUGGCACCUCACCUCAUCAACUACCCACUUUUCCCUGCUAUAAAGCACAUACCAGAAAUGGGCAGAGCAUGUGACCAUCAAUCAUAUAAUGAGCCUCAUUACUUAAGAGAAACUAUAUUACCAUCUGCAAAAUCAGGACCUCCACCACUAUUAACCACUACAGAAGUUGUCCAGCAUUCCGGGACGUAUGGAGUACAGUCUACGGCUAGAUCUCAUUUAAACAUGAAAGAAGAUUCCUCAACCCAUAAUGUUACUAAGGAUGAUGAAGCUCAUAAAUAUUGGUACUUAAACAGACGAGAUCCAUCAGAGAUAGCAAGACGGUGGCCAGGCUUGCCAAAUCAGUUAGUUACAUCUGUUAGACCACGUCUCAAUCAUUACUUUCAUUCACAUGUGAAUCAAUUUUUGGAAAGAGGACGGUUUUCUCAACCACUAAUGGAACGUCUGCCGAUACAUCGACCAAGCUAUGCAUCCACCCAGUUCUAUCAGCAGGUUCACAAUGUAUCAGAAGAGCAUAGGGUAUUAAGUGAUAAAAGUAUUGUUAAGAUAGAUUUGGAAAAUGAGCAGAAGCAAUGCCAAGAGAAUUCUCCAGACGAUAGUCCCAUCAAUGUUGUAGAUGAUGCGCCAGAUCCUAUAUUUCCAUUACCAGAGAUUAACAUUCCUCCUCUUUCAGAAUCAGUCCCUUCAGGCUCUAGUACCAGUAGUAUUCCCAUUGUAUCAGAAAAUUCUAAUUUGGAGGGAUUAGGAAAAUCAUUGCAACACCAUGUUUCAUCUCAGAAACAUUUGACUGAAGUUAAAUCGAAAACACCAGUAUCCAUCAAGUCUGCACUUCCGCAGUCUAGUCCAAAUGUUACUGACACUUUGCCUCAGAAUGCUACAUGUGGGAUAAUACACACUUCUGAAGCACAUAUUUUGAGUGAGUGUAGUGUAGCAGCCAGUACCAGUGGAGGCCCUACUUUAACUAUUAGUAAUACAGGUACAGAUGGAAGCUGUAGCUCAUUCAGUAGGAAUAUUUGUACUGUAGACGAGACUGGAGUCAAUACUACUAUUAACAGUACAGUAAAUACUACUGAUAAUGCAGAAAAUGGAAGCAAUAGUUGUAAUGCAGAAGAAAUUGCAUCUCAGAAUGAUGAACUGGACUUCACCACAGGUACUGUACAACAAUUCACUGAUGACCAGAACGAUGGAGCUCGUCCUGAACAAGCUGGGAAACUUGGCAAAUUUCUCAUGAGAGUUAACCGAGGGUCUGUUGAUCAUCCACGUGCAGAAGUAAGCACACCUCUCAGUGUAAUUGCAGUAGAUGAUAACUCAAGUGUUAUAGAAGAUGCUCCAAGUUGUGUAAGGCAAGAAUCUGAAAUAAUUGUUAGACAUCCUUCUCAUGGUUUAAAGGAACCAAACUUUGAUGUAAGCCUUUCAGAAACUCAGCUUAGCGAUCUACGGAACAUCCAUCAGAGCCAAGAUGUUGAGCGUCAGUUUAGUCGUGGAUUCAAGAAAACUAUCUCAUCAAAAUUUGAAGAUGAUAAUGCUACUAGUGAAAAUGAAAUGGUACCUCUGAAGGAAGACUGCAGUGUAAGGGAUGCUCAAAAUAAAAAAGAUGAAAGCUUACCUGUAGAUAAAAGUGUUCCAUCUGACCAUCUUGGUGAGACAUUGUCAAUCCUUAAGGUUAUGGCUGGCAGUUCAAAAGAUCAAAGUCUGUUAGAUGUACUUGAAGAUAAAGCCCAAAAAGAAAGUCACGAUGAUAAAAUAGUUAAAGACAGUGAUUCCGCAGAAGACAAACAAUUUACUGAUGGAAUUAGUGUAAGCAAAAUUAAUGAAGAGUCUUCAUUAUCUUUUGUUUCCUUGAAAGGGCACCAAAUUCAAGCACAUGAUGACAGUGAUGCUGAUUCAAUAGAGAAUAUACGUAGCUCAAGAAUUAUCGGACGGAGAAGCAGUUCAUCCAGUCAGACAAGUGACACAACACAGUUUUCUGGUAAUUCUUCACCCCCAUUUUUUCCUCCACGAUCUCCAGGUUUAGACUCUUCUGAGGAAGAAGAAAUCCCGCAAUCCUUCAUUGAACCUGAUUUGGAGAGAAAAGACACUCUAUCUCUCCCAGUUGCAGAAAAUUCAAGAGAUAGUUUAGUUACCUCUGAGAGGGAGAAUGUUAGGUUGGAUAGUGUAAGAUGUGAAAAUGAAAAAUUGCCUGAGAUGGAAACUUGUGUUUCUGUUCAACAUGUUUUACCAAGUUCUCCACCUCAGGGAGAUGAUGUAUUCAAAUCUUCAUUGGAAAACCACUGCCCUACAUCUAGGCAAGAUCCUUCCUCUGAAGAGGAAACGUGUGUACAAAGAGUUGUAUCACCAUCAUGUAGGUUAAUGCAAGGACCAGUCUUAUCUCCACCAUCGGACAUUAUUUCUGAAACUUGUGUAACUUCUCAAAGUAAUCAGCCACUUACACUAGAUCCUGACAUUCAACAUGUGGCUGACACCCACCAAGAUGUAUUCGCAAAAAAUAUAGAUUCGUGUGCUGUAAAACACAUAGAUUCUGGAGAAGGUAAAAGUGUGGUGGAUCACAAUGUUGAGGAAACACCACAUGUUGUUUUAAAGCUGCCAACAAAAGGAGCACUCAAAGCUUUUAAUGUAGACUUUCUUCCAAAGAUGGCACAAGAAAAAUGUCAGUUGCUAGAACAUCACACACCUGACAGCAGUUCUGAAGUUAGCUCCACCACACCUGACAAUCCAGUUUUUCCAGUACCAAUUAACAAGAUACGUGGAAAACCACAAAAGAAACCCAAAGGCCCAAAGCGUAAAAAAGCAGCAUUACCAGUCUCUAAGAAAAGUUUAGAGAAGUCACCUAGAAAGGGCAAGUCAAAAUGUUUUUCUUAUGAAGAUGCUUCUGUUGACAAUUCUUCGAAAACUAAUAGUCUUUCUAAGGAAAAUGAACAUGUAAAACUCAUUCUUCCAGUUUCUUCAGCAAUGUCUGAGCAACAGAACAUUCGAAGAGGUAGGAGACGAGCCUGUGCCAAUGUUUCUUAUGCAGAGUUCUUUGAGUCAGAUGCACCAACUCCAACAGUUAAAGCUUUACCUGUAGUCACUCCCAGUUCUCAUGCAAGAAUAUCUGUGGCACAUGAUACAGCAAAAUUACAAUCACUGGAGGCACUUGAAGAUGUUUCAGUUCAAUCUCUCACCAAGAGACACAGAGGACGUCCCAGGAAAAAACCUUCGAGUGUUGCAACCACUGUCUCUCCUGUUGCCCUGACAAUUUCAGAAAAUGAUAGUGCUGAUUCUGUGGCAAGUAAAGAAAUAUUAUCAAAUACUAUAAUACCAUCUGAAGAUAAUUCUGGUGAAGGAUCAUUUACAAAUAGCAAGAAAGUUGAAGAGGAAUCCAAAUUUGCUACAGAGGGGAAAUCAGCUUCACAGUUAAAGCAGUCUUCCAAGAGGCCAAGAGGAAGACCCCCAAAGAAUUUAGUUAAGGAACAUUUCUUAAUUUCAGCAGGUGAAAAGCAGCCUAGUAAUACAGUAUCUGACUGUGGGCACAUUAGAUCAGAAUCACAGCUUCCUGUUAAAUUUGCAACCCCAAAAGUGGUUUCACCACAGCUUACUGUAAAGGUUAAUAAAGACUCAAAAUUGAAGAUAACUAUUAGCCGCACAAUGGUGGAUAAGAGAGCUCCAGAUUGUUCAGUUAGGGCACCACCUAGGAAGAAAAGAAAAAACCUUAAUUCUUCUUGUAUUGUGGAUAUACACAAACAAGCAAAAGAGAGUAGUACAAGUGCUCAGAACUCUGUUAUAAAAGAAAAUGAAAACCUGGAGAAAUCCAACUUUUAUUCAAUUUCAAGGGAAUCCCCAGAAACUGUGCCUUUACAUUGUGAUCCUCAUGAUCCUUUAGGCAUUGACCUAGUCGAAGAAUCAAAUAUGACAUAUUCAAAAGCCAAGAAAAACAUUUAUGAAUUUGAUGAUGAUGUAAGUGAUGAAGAUGUACCAGUUGCUCAGAGAUUGAAGUCUCAACAUAAGAAGAUGAGCACUCCGAACUUCAAAAGAGCUAGAAAGAUUGUUCAGAAUGCUAUUAGAACACCGGUUCGAGACCCAAAUUUCAGUUAUUUGAGAACACCUAGUCGUACUCCUUGUCAUACCCCAGGAUACUCUACACCUUCAUAUACUCCUAUGAAUUCUCCUAUGUAUACACCUGUUCAUAGAAUCAAUUAUACUGGUCCAGGAUCAACACCACGUCACAUUUCCCAAGGUUGUUUUAAACUACUACUACGCAGGAAGCAUCGCCCUGAAACCUCUGUUAUUCUCAAACUCAAGAAACCAUGGAACGACCAGAUUUCUUCAGAAACUCACCAGCAAGAUGAAUUUGCUGAUACAUCAAGUGUUCUUUGUAGAACCAAUGAAGAAAAUAACAAUAGUAAAGGUGAGAAGCAUAUUGAUCAAAAUGAGGCAACACUCUCUUCUCGAGAAAGUACGUCAUCCUUAGUUAACAUUCAUGCACAUGAACAUGGAGAAAGUUCACAGUCACAUUCAGUAAUAAAUUCCCCAAUACAAGCAAUGCCCCAUGAAGGAUCACAAAAAGGUGCCUCAGGUGAUUCGGGAGAGAGCUCCAAGUCAUCAGUGGAUGCUGGUCUAGUUUCUUCUGGAAGGAAGUCCACAUUAGGCUCAGAUGAAUCUAUGAUCACUGGUGUUGAAAACUCUUCAAAGAAAUUAAUAACUAGCACAGAAAAGUGUUCACUCACAAAUGAAGGUACUACUCAAAGUAAGCCAGCUAUUCCAACUUUAAAAAUAAAGUUAAAUCUGCUUUCUGGAUUUUCUUCCACUUUUAAAGAAGCCGGUGAUAAACGCAAAACACAGCAUUGCACGAAAGUGAAGAGAACGGGUGAUGGCUUUGCGAUUCCUCAAGAACCCAGUCAUGUUAUGAUGAGGCUUAAGCGACAUAAUUCCCAUUGGGAGCAAGAUGAAAGGACUUUUGAUAGAGAGACCACUCUUGACAUGUCUCGAUCUGAAACUAAUAGACAUCAGGAAAAUGUGGAAGCGUCUACUAAUGAUGAAGCUGCUACUACUGGUGGAGAACUGACAGAAUCAGAGGUCACAGAUGGUGAGAACCCAGGGCUGAAUGAUCAGGUAAAUGAUAAGGUGCCAGUAGUGCAUAAAAUCAAAAUAUGCACUCCAGUACUACCAAUGGUCAAGGAAAGUGUGUGUAAUUUAGAGAAUAUUCAAAUAGUUACCAGGAAAACAAACGACAGUGAGGUACCAAACUCUUCCAAAGCUACAGUAAAGAAAAGUGUUAGCAAGAAGAAAGAAAACGAUAAGGUUUCUGCAGUGGCACAGUCAUAUUCUGCAAACAUAGACAAAUCCCCACAUUCAUCUCAUUCUGAACCUCAUUCUGCAUUAUUAAACCAAGCUACACAGCAGUCUUCACCAGUACAGCCUGUUAUAUCACAACCUUGUGCUUCUCUACCAAAUGUAUCAAUCCUUGUUACGCCACCGCCUGAUACUCCACAAUCACAUACACCACUAUCAGAACUCUCUCUGCCUGAUACACCUGCAGAUGUAUCUAAGCCUGAAAAAUCAUUAACAAACACUCCUCAACAUGUUAUAACAUCCUCAGAUAAAUCACCACCGGACUCAUUGCAGUCUGACACUUGUUCUGUCACACCACAACUAUCUUUUCCACAUAACUCCUCACCAGAGCCUUCCGAUUCAUCUACUCUUAUACCACAGCCUGUCUCACCACAACACACUCCAUCACAGUCAUUGAUAGUGAAGUUUGCUCUAACCCAUCCAGCUUCUGCUUUCACUCCACCUUCUGCUUAUUUAUCCAGGGUAGAUUCUGUUGAACGUGAGCUAGCAGCAAUUUUUGGCUCCCCAACCAAAGGAUCAGAGAGAGUUGAAUCAUCAGAUACGAGAACAAUGAAUGAUGCAGACUUAGAAGCUCUGUUAAUGGGAGACAAAGGGGGAAGUAGUAUAAGAAGUAUUACACCAACUGUACCUCAGGAGAAUAUUAAGGUAGCUGAUGGAUGCCAGGCAAAAACUCCACCAGUGAGUUUUGAUAAAUCUCAACCAAAAUCUCACUCAAGUGAUGAUUUCAGUCAAAUAAUUUCAUGUAAUCCAUCUUCACCAGACACAAAUAAAUUGAUACCACCACAGGAAUUAAGUGCACAUAAUUUUCUUGUACAAGACAUCAAGUUAAAAACCCCUCCAAAAGUAAUGUUAGAAAAACUUACACCUGAUGUUAUAUGUACUCUGAAAAGAACAAUUAGUUCAUCUUCGGAAACAAUUACCCAGGCCCCGAAGAAACUAUCCAGACGACCCCAACAGACUGCUGCAUCACAAGCAAUAAUUACUGCUGGAAGAUACACUGAUGAAGAUGGUGAGACAUCACCCUCAUUCCAGUGUUCAAAGUUUGUAAAAAAGAGAAUAUUGUCAAGUCCACCUGAGGGUAAAGAAUGUAAGAAACCUCGUAGAAGUGAAAGAAAUAUGAAACCAGAUGAAGUGAGUACAAAAGUUCAGGUUGUGGAUGAGAGAUUCAUGGAUAAGGAAAGUUUUGAAAAAUCAGAAGUAAACAAUGAAAAUGACUUUGAUAACUGCCAAACUGCUCUUGCUUCUGAAAUUUCUUGUGAGGGCAGUAGCACAAAUAGUGGGGAGGACUCAGCUUCCAAGGUAGAAAGUGAGAAUUUAGAAUGUAAAAGCAGUUGUGAUAAUGGCAACUCUGAACCUAAUUCCAGUUGUUUGUGUGAAGAAACACAAGAAAGCUCAAGCUUAACUAAGACUGUAGAGGAUGUGAGCGUGACUACAAAAGCUACCAAAAUAAAUUUUGAACCCAGAAAUAAGGAGGCACUUCCUAGAGCAAUUGUUGAAGAUAAUAAACCCAGAAAUGGUGACAGCAUUUCCAACUUAGGUGUCAACAAUCAUAAUAUUGGUGGUAUCAGCACUAAUGCAUAUCAGAUGACUCACUUUACAGAAAAUGAUGCAUAUGAGGCAGCAACAAGAAGUCAGAGUGACAACAGUGAGGGUAGUGAAACAAGGCUCCGACAAAGCAGCAGGUUACGGCGGCAUCCUGGACUCAGACAGCAUGUGCGAAGGAGGCGGCAAGAUGCAAGAGUUUCAAGUCUCAGGAGAAGAGUUACAUCUGUGGCUCUUGUGGAUUCAUUAAAUGAUUCACAAGAUGAAAGUACUGACUCUUGUAACACAAAUUUAAGUAAUGAAAAGAAGGCACUUUCAGACAAAGGGAGGAGAAAUAUAAGAAAAAUUAGCACUGAUGAUGAUGACAAUCAGCAUGAUCCAGAUUUAAAUAAAAAGACUGUUAAAAAUUUGAUCUUUAAUAAUGCAACAUUCCAAGCCAGCAUUAAGAGAAGCCUUAGAAUAUCAUCCAGUGAAUCUGAAAGUGACAAGUCUCAAGAUGUCAGUUUAAGUGGGCACUGCUCAAUAACAAAGAUGAAGUUUGAUAAAAGUGAAAUAGACAUCCAAACACAGAAAGUUCUAGUGAAAAAAAGGAUCAUGGAAAAGACUCGGUACCCCCAAAAGUCACUGAACAAAAAUGAAAGAGAAAGUAGGCUCAAGAAAAUGACUUUACGGAACAAAGUUGAAAAUAAACCUAAAAGAAUGGCUUUACGCAAAAAAAUUGAACCUGAAAGUAGAACAGCGGCUGAUGACAAUUUUACUUCGGCUGUUAGUAUAAAGCAACAGUCUGUUAAUUCAGAUAGCAUGCCCCAAAAAGUUUUGCCUCAGUUAGACAAGCCACUUGAAGAGGAAAUUAGACACUCUGUAACAGCUACCAAGAAAACAAAAAAAAUUAUUAGAAAAAGCAAGAAAUGUUUCAAAAAGUCUAUUAGUCCUGUAGAAAAAGAUGAAAUUAACAGAGAGGUGUCUUGUAAAACUAAUUUAGAGAAAGACUCAUCAGAUGAGCAACAACUUGCUGCCACAGGAAAUGAACCAAAAAGCCCAGUAUUAGAAAUACCAGAAGUUACUGAUGAUAUUGAAGAAACAUUGAGGAGACUGGAUGGCACCUCCCCGGUUGCUGCUUUACAUAGUCCUCCACAUAUGAGAUGUAGAAAUAAUAUAAAUUAUACUUCUAGUGCUUUAAAUGAAGUGAGUAAGGGCUGUGAUGAGUUAAACAUAGGCAAAGGGGAAAAUAAAAGACUGUGUGCAGGUGGAUCAAAUCAAAUAUUGGAUAAUGACCCAAGCCCAGGGAAACAUAGUAUUAGAAGUGGUACAGACAAAAUUUCAGUGAAAAACACAAAAAACAGUGCUUUAGAAAAAAUCUUAAGUAAAAGCAAAGGACAAAUAGUUCAUGAGACUUCUUCAGUAAAAAUUAAAGAGUGCACAGAAAAAGAAAUCUCUCAGACUCACAAGGAGGUAGUGAAUUUUAGUGCAAAAGUUACGCCAAGUGACAGGAAGCAGGCAGCUACAACUAAGGAACACUCAUCCACAGCAAGUAGAGCACAUUGCACACCUAGAGAGCAAUGCCCUAAUUUGGCAGAGGAUGACCAGGCUUGCAGGCAAAAUAGGUGUGUUGAAAAUGAUUCUGACCUUGCCAAUGCUGAUGCCAUUACAGGAAAUGCGGCUUUGAAAAGUGGUGUUGGUUAUACAUCCUCUGAAAAUGUUCCUACUGGAAAUGUUAUGGUAUCUGAAGUUUUUGUUAGAGAUCUUUCUGUUAAGGAUAUUCCUGGAAAUUCUUCCUACAGGGAUAUGCCUCCUGGAAAUUCUCCCCAUGGGGAUGGUUUCUCUGGAAACACUUUCCCUGAAGAUACUGUUUCUAGACAUACUUUCUCUGGAGAUGUUGCUUCUGGAUGCAGUUCAUCUAAAUAUACCCUAACUAGAAAUACUUCCUCUGGAGAUUCUCCUAGAAGUACAUCCCCUGGAAAUUCCCCUACUUUAAUUUCCUUACCUGAUAAUGACCCUUCUGGAAAUAUUACCUCUGGAGAUGCCCCCUCUAGAAAUACACAUUCUAAAGAUGAUUCACUAGAUGAUACCGGAAAUGGUGAUAGCCUCAACAAAAAUGGUGGUCGAAAUGAUGAUAGUUGCCAUAAUUCAAUCGCCAGAGCUCAUCACAAGUCAGUUCAGUACAGUGAUGGUGUCAGUGAUCAUGACUCUGAAUACCGGGACUCCAUGUGGAACAUGGCCUUCUUAACUCCUGAACGAAGAGAAAGGGAUGAGACUUCGCCUCCUCAGCCAGAUUCACCAGAGAGGUCCAUGCUCAGAAGAUCAUCACGGUUACGACAGGCAUAUCCAAAACUUUUGACCUUACAGCUUGGAAGCUUUGAGAGUCCAGUGAGGAAAGAUAAUUCUGAGUCCUCAAACCUGGAUUGCAGCAACUUUUCAUCACUUGGGAGUUUGGAAACUAAGAAAUGUAAAAAUAUUGGUACUUGCCCAAGCAUUAUAAAUAACGAUAUACAAGUUACUAAACAAAGUGCAUUAGCAGAUAAGAGAAGAGGAAAACCUGUGACAGUGGAUGAUACAAAAAAUGUUGGAAGUGAAUGUGAUAGUGGUGAAGCAAUAAUAUUGCCUGUGGAAGAAGUUGAAGUUAUUGAAACUUUACCUCAAGUAGAAAAUCUAGGUGACCUAGAAACUCAAGAUCCAUUGGCUGAUGUUAUAGCAAACAGUGAGGAAGUUUUGGAAGUGAACCCUGAGCCUGAAGUAUGGAGAACUAAUAAUUUGUUGUGGGAAAGUGUCAAGGCUGUACAUAAAGCUCAAAGCAGCAGCACUUUGACUUGUAAUAAAAAGCAGUUGAUUGAAGAAAGAGAAGUAGACAGAGAAGGUGUAUUGGCCGGAAAAUUAAAUAAAAAACGAAUUCAGUCAGAACAAGAAGCUGACAUAAAUUUGAGGAGUGCCUCAAUAAUCACGGAGCGUAAUUUAUUAAACCAAAAUUUUAGCAACAGUGCAGUAAAACCAACACUAAGUUUUAUUGCCGAUGACAUUUUAAGUAAGAAUAGGGAAAUGCAGAAGGAUGCAUUGCCACUUCAUACAGAAAUAUUUGAACCACCUCUGAAUUUGAGAACAAACAAUGAGGAAAAUUUUAUCUUAAAGCCUUCAGAAGUGGACACACAACAAGAAGGUAAUCAAAGUUCUCAGGAAGUGAUCCUCACUAUGCACAAUUCAGAUGAUGAUGAUGAUGAUGAUUGUACUGAUUCUAAUACUCGCAAGUCAGACUCAUUAGAAAUUAAAACUGUAGAACAGAACAUUCAACAGGUUGAUAAUGUAAAAUUUUUUUCUCCCUGUAUCAAAGAUUCCAUAGAAUCAGGAGUUUCGGAGAGAGAGAGUAGCACUUGUGAUUCAUCCAAUGUUGACUUUGAUGUCUUGGAAAGAGAUCUUUUGGUAAUUAUGAUCAGGAAAGGCAAAACACUGAAGAGAGUCCAUCAGGUAACCUGGAAUAUAAUCAUAAUUCAUUUUGUGAUCAAGGAGAGUAUUAAUUCCAACUACACUUGCAAAAGGAUUGAAACUGGUGUGCCUGAAAUAGAGAAAACAGUUUCUGUGUUAACUGGAAACUCUGAAGAAGAGCCAAGAACAAAUUUAAAUAAUAGUACAAGCAGCGACACCCAAGGUUCAAAUGACAGUAAUAAUAUUACUGUGUCAGUCAAGAAGUUAAAAACUCUAGUCAUAAGUCAAGAUGAAGAUUCAUUAAUAUUAAAUAAAGAUUCAGAUACAUCACACAAAGACAGUUCACAAAUAAUAACUGAAGAUACAAGUACAAAAAAAAGUGUAUCAACCAAUGAGAAUAUAAAAAUAAAUAAAGGCAUAUUAGAUAAUGAGAAUUUAAAAACAAUAAAUAAUGGUGUAUCAAACAGUGAAAAUUUAAUAAUAAAUAAAGAUUCAGAUAUGUCAGAGAAGGACAGUUCACAAAUUUCAGAUGAUUCUCAAGUGAAAAACAGAGAAUCAAAGGUGCUAAAUAUAGAUAAAUUUAAAGUAUCAAGUCAGGAUGGUACGAAGUUGGACACUCACGAUCCACCAGUGUUGACUACAGUUGAACUACCAGUGUUGAUUACAGUUGAACCACCUGUGUUGACUACAGCUGAAUCACCUGCAUCAGAUAAAGAUGAACCAUCUGUGUCAGCUACAUAUUCAGCAGUUUUGGCAACAGGUGAACCAUCGGUGUUGGAUGCAAAUGAACUGCCUGUGUCUGAUACAGAUGACCCACCUAUGUUUGAUAAAGAUGAACCACCUCUGUCAGCUACAAAUGAAUCAUCUCUGUCUGCUACAGAUGAACCACCCAUGUCAGCUAUGGAUGAACCUCCUGUGUCAGCUACAAAUGAACCACCUGUGUCAGCUAUGAUAACAAGUCAGCAGUCAAGUCAGCAUUCCAAUGAUUCCUCUUUACGUCAGCAGCUAAUGAAUACUCAAUUCCGACAACAGUUCCUUAGUUUUUCUCAAGGAAAGGAUCCUUUUCACAGGAUAAUUGAUGGCCCAUCAUUAAAUAAUACAUUUGGUUUCAAGUUCUCAAACCACAACCUAUAUGAAGCAAAGGCUCUCCAUGAGUACGAGUUCCUAACUGUGAUGUGUAUGGAGUGUCAUGUUAAGACACGGCCUCAGCUGUUGCCUGACCCAUUGCUGGAUCCCAUCUUGGCUGUCAUCUUCACCAUUAUUCAAGAUGUUCCUGAUACUCACUCUACUCCUCGUAGCCAUAAAGGUGCAAUUGUGGUGAGCAGUGAUGGGUGCAACGUUGUAACUCCUGCUGGUAUAACUGACCUCUUAGUACUUCACGUUGAUGAUGAAAUGACCCUUCUAGAGGAAGUUUUAAAGUUGGUUAUUACCUGGGAUCCUGAUAUACUUGUUGGAUAUGAGGUUCAGAUGUCAUCUUGGGGUUACUUGUUAGAGCGUGGAGCAGCUCUAGGCAUGGAGAUAGUAUCGCGUCUAUCUAGAACUCCAGAGGGCACCGCUAGUCAUCAUGACGAAGAGCAAGACGAAUAUGGUGCUGAUCAUACAUCUCAGAUACACAUGACAGGCAGGAUUGUCUUAAAUGUGUGGAGGUUGAUGAGAGCUGAGGUGGCACUCCAGAGCUACAGCCUGGAUAAUGUUGCAUACCAUGUUUUGCACAUCAGAGUACCUUCUUUCUCCCAUGAUAAACUCAGGGAUUGGUGGAUGCACAAUAUAACCAGGUGGCGAACUUUGGAACAUUAUUUAAAUCGGUGUCGCCUUACAGUUGACUUAGUACAACGGCUUGACCUAAUUCAUCGAACUGCUGAGCUAGCCAGGCUUUUUGGCAUUCAGUUCUAUGAUGUUCUGGCACGUGGAACUCAGUUUCGGGUAGAGUCAAUGAUGCUUCGCUUGGCUCGAGGCUCAAAUAUGGUGUCCAUAUCUCCCAGCAUUCAUCAGAGAAGUGCUAUGAAGGCACCAGAGUGGAUUGCCCUUACCAUGGAGCCAGAGUCAAGAUUUUAUACAGACCCGGUGGUAGUGUUAGACUUUCAGAGUCUUUACCCAUCAAUCAUGAUUGCAUACAACUAUUGCUAUUCUACGUGCCUUGGCCGAAUUAACUUAAUUGAUGGCCCACAACCUAUGGAAUUUGGGACUACAUAUUUGCAUAUACAUCCAGAUGAGCUUGUUAAAUGUGUUGAUGAGGUGAAUGUCUCCCCAUGUGGUGUUGCCUUUGUCCCUUCCAGUGUAAGACGUGGGAUUCUGCCUAUCAUGUUAGAGGAAAUUCUUAACACUAGACUUAUGGUAAAGCGCAUGAUGAAAGAAUACAAAGAUGACACCGCGUUGCAGCGUGUUUUACAUUCUCGUCAGUUGGGAUUAAAACUCAUUGCCAAUGUCACUUACGGAUAUACUAGUGCAAAUUUCUCUGGUCGAAUGCCUUGUUCUGAGAUUGGAGACAGCGUUGUCAGCAAAGGACGAGAAACUCUGGAACGAUGUAUCCAGCUUGUAAAUUCUCAUCCCUCGUGGCAUGCUAAAGUAGUGUACGGGGAUACAGACUCACUCUUUGUGCAUUUGCCUGGAAGAACAAAGAACCAAGCAUUUACAAUAGGGUACGAAAUUGCCAACCAAGUAACCCAGAUGUAUCCUAAACCUAUCAAACUGAAGUUUGAGAAAGUUUAUUUACCUUGCAUUCUACAGACAAAGAAACGCUAUGUUGGGUACAUGUAUGAAACUCCUGAUCAAGAGGUACCUGUGUUUGAUGCUAAAGGUAUUGAGACUGUGAGAAGAGAUGGGUGCCCAGCUAGUGGUAAGAUCCUGGAGAAGUCACUUCGUUUGUUGUUUGAGGACAAAGAUAUAUCUCAAGUGAAAGACUUUGUGCAACGUCAAUUUAUAAAACUGCUUCAAGGCAAGGUUUCACUUCAAGACUUAAUAUUUGCAAAGGAAUAUAGGGGAGCAAGAGGAUACAGGCCCACAGCCUGUGUUCCUGCACUUGAAUUAACAAAGCAAUGGAUUCGCAGAGACCGACGAAGGGAGCCACGCUCGGGUGAACGUGUUCCAUAUGUGAUUGUUUAUGGCGCCCCAGGAUUACCUCUCAUCCAGCUUAUUCGUUCACCUGACGUUGUCUUGGCUGAUCCAACUCUUCGUGUCAAUGCUACACACUAUGUCACUCGAGCCAUUUUACCACCUUUGGAGAGAUGUUUUUCACUUUUAGGCGUUGACGUUAAUAACUGGUACAGUGAAUUGCCAAGGCCCUCCACAACUACAUUUUCCUCCUUGGCAACAGAAGGUGCUGUAACCCAUAAAGGAAUGAAGUUCAAUUGUGGUGGUAUAUCCAUUGCCCGAUACUUCACACCAUCUUCCUGUGUUGCUUGUGGGGCAAAUAAUACUUCCUCAAUGCAAGGUGUAGGACUGUGUUCAGCUUGCAAGACUUGUACAGAUGUGACUGUUAUUAAACUUAAUGAAAAGAUUCGCAACUAUGAAAGAGCAGUAAGCCACAUUCAGAAGGUAUGUGAAACAUGCCUUGGCUGCCGUUUGCAAGAAGUCGAAUGUAUAUCAUUAGCCUGCCCCAUUACUUACCGCCGUACUCAAGCCACCCGUGACCUUCACUUAGUCUCCCAACUUCGAGAGGUUAUUAAGAAUAUUACUGAUAUGAAGCAAGACCCCUAAUGUUGAAAAAUUUGCUGAAAUUUCGUAGUUUUUUAUUAGGUGCUUUAAAUGUAAAGUCGUGAAACACAGAUACAGUACAGUAUAUCAACAAUUUUGUUAUUCUGUAUAACAUUACAACUGUUUACAGUAUUUACAAAAUAACCAGUGUGAAAAAGAUUAUAUGUAAAAAUGAGUAACAUUUAGAAUUCUGUUACUGCAUGUUCAGAGUGUUUAAUGCUGAUUACGAUAAAGUUAAUUAUACAUUACUAUAUGUGGAAAGCUAACAUAUUGUUGAAACAUGGAGAAAAAAUGCCUGUCACAUUAAUAGUUAAUAUAUUUUAUAUGCUGGAAUGCCUCUACUUAAGUGUUUGUACAGUGUAUUUCAUAUAUAUUCAAAAUACAGUACUAAGCUCAGAUUUUAAUGAAGUAUUGUAAAUAACAUGAAAUGCUUAAAAUAUGUAUUGUACCAGCUUCAUAAAAAGUGGUACUACAGUGGACUCCCGGUAUUCGAUAUUAAUCCGUUCCUGAGAGCUCAUCAAAUAUCGAAAAGCGAAUAAAUUUUCCUCAUAAGAAAUAAUGGAAAUCAAAUUAAUCCGUGCAAGACACCCAAAAGUAUGAAAAAAAAAAUGUUACUACAUGAAAUAUUAAGUUUAAUGCAAUAGAAUAAUUACAAUAACAACAGAAUAAUUGACACUUGCCUUUAAUGAAGAUCUGGUGAUGAUUGAUGGGAGAGGUGUUAGUGUUUAGAAGGGGAAUCCCCUUCCAUUAGGACUUGAGGUAGCAAGUCCUUUUCCGGGGUUACUUCCCUUCUUUUAAUGCCACUAGGACCAGCUUGAGAGUCACUGGACUUCUGUCACACAACAUAUCUGUCCAUAGUGGCCUGUACCUCCUGUUCCUUUGUGACAUUCCUAAAGUAUUUCACAACAUUGUCAGUGUAAUAGUCACCAGCACGGCUUGCAAUAGCUGUGUUAGGGUGAUUGUCAUCAAAAAAGGUUUGCACUUUAAGCCACAUUGCACACAUUUCCUUAAUCUGUGAAGUAGGCAACUUCUUCAAUUUCUCUAUCCCCUCCUCCGAAGCAGUUUCCGCAGGUGUGGCCUCUUGCUGUUGAAGAUGAUCUAGCAGCUCAUCAGUGGUUAGUUCUUCAUUGUCCUCCUCCACCAACUCUUCCACAUCCUCCCCACUAACCUCCAACCCCAAGGACUUCCCCAAUGCCACAAUGGAUUCCUCAACUGGCAUAGGCUUCUCAAGGUUAGCCUCAAAUCCUUCAAAAUCCCUUUUGCCUACACAUUCUGGCCACAGUUUUUUCCAAGCAGAGUUCAAGGUCCUCUUAGUCACUCCCUCCCAAGCCAUACCUAUAAGGUUUAUACAAUUGAGGAUAUUAAAGUGAUCCUUCCAAAACUCUUUUAGUCAGUUGAGUUUCUGUGGUCACUACAAAGCACUUUUGAAACAUAGCUUUUGUGUACAGUUUCUUGAAGUUGGAAAUGACCUGCUGGUCCAUGGGCUGCAGGAGAGGAGUGGUAUUAGGAGGCUAAAACUUGACCUUAAUGAAGCUCAUAUCCCCAGAAAGUCGCUCUGCCAAGUCUGUAGGAUGACCAGGGGCAUUGUCUAAUACCAGGAGGCACCUAAGGUCUAAUUUCUUUUCAAUUAGGUAAUUUUUCACAGUGGGGGCAAAUGCAUGGUGUAACCAGUCAUAGAAAAAGUCCCUAGUGACCCAUACCUUACUGUUUGCCCUCCACAGCACACACAAAUUAGCCUUGAGGACAUUGUUUUUCCUGAACACUGGGAGUUUCAGAGUGAUACACCAAUAAAGGCUUCACUUUGCAAUCACCACUAGCAUUGGCACACAACAGAGUAAGCCUGUCUUUCACAGGCUUAUGCCCUGGGAGUGCCUUUUCCUCCUGAGUAAUGUAGGUCCUGCUUGGCAAUUUCUUCUAAAACAGGCCUGUUUCGUCACAAUUAAACACUUGUUCAGGUUUCAAGUCUUCACUGUCUAUGUAAUCCUUGAAUUCCUUCACAUAUUUUCAGCUGCUUUUUGGUCUGAACUGGCAGCCUCACCAUGCCUAAUCACACUAUGUAUGCCACUACGAUUAAAUCUUUCAAACCAACCUUUGCUGGCCUUAAAUUCACUCACAUCAGCACUAGUUGCAGGCAAUUUCUUUACCAAAUUGUCAUGCAACUGCCUAGCCUCUUCACAAAUGAUCGCUUGAGAGAUGCUAUCUCCUGCUAUUCGUUUUUUCAUUUAUCCACACCAAUAACAGUCUCUCAACAUUUUCUAACACUUUCGGUCGCUGUUUCGUAAUCACAGUUGCACCUUUUGCAAGAACAGCUUCCUUGAUUGCCGUUUUCCUGGUCACUAUAGUAGAGAUGGUUGAUUGGGGUUUAUUAUACAACCUGACCAGCUCCGACACACACACUCCACUUUCGUACUUUGCAAUUAUCUCUUUCUUCAUUUCAAUAGUCAUUAGCACCUUUUUUCUCGAAGGGUUGGCACUAGAAGCUUUCUUGGGGCCCAUGGUGACUUAUUUUGCAGAAACAAACCCCAAAAACAGUGAUGAUGUGGAAUGUACCGAAUGUAUCCUUAGAUGCGCGCACACUGGCUGGCUUGUAAACACUGGCACACACUGGGCAGUUCAGGCCACACGUGGACACGUCUUGUACGAAUCGUAUCGAAUACCAGGUUUUCGAUCGGAUACCGAGGCAAAAUUUUUGCGAUAUAAUGCAUCGAAUACCGGAUUUAUCGAAUAUCGAUGCCAUCGAAUACUGGGGGUCCACUGUAUUAAGGUUACCAUUAAAUAAGGACUGAUGAUGGAUAUUUAAUAAAGUUGUCUAGUGAUGUAUUUAAAUUUUUUUUUUUUUUUUCAUAUAUUUUUUGCCAAGAGUAUAGUAUUGAUGCCAUUGUCUGAAACAUUGUCACACUGACCUUUGAAGUUGUAGAUAUUAAGUAUCAUCCGUAACUUUUCAUGAUCUCACAUUCUUCAUUUAUAAAUAGCCUGUAAUUCUAUCAGUUCUGUUCCUUCUAGAUGUAUUGAGUGUACCUGUCUUUCAGUUUGCAAAUACUUUGUUUUGUAUAUAUGGUGAAAAAAUAUAUAUAUUUAUACUGAAAAAUUUAAAAUGAAUGUACUUUUAUAUGAAGAUUUCUAAUCCUUAAGUUUAACCAUUAUAUAAGUAAUUUUUUUUUCAUAUGUUAAGUGAAAAGGUAUUACUGUAUAUAUAAAUAGUAAGAAUAUUGAAAUGAAUGCACCUUUUUAUAUCAUGAAAAUUUCUUUGCUUAACUCUUAGGUUUAACUAUUAUAACAUUGGUAAUCUUUCUUUUGAAUUGAUGUUUUGUACAUUGUUUUAUAAACUGAAGUUUAUGCUCUUAAUACAGAGUUAAUAUGUAUAUAUUUGUGUUCAGUUAAUUUUCGUGGGUACUGAAUAACCAGUAGGUUAGACAACCAUUGCUAAUCAACAUUUAUUUGUGAAUAAUUUUUUUUUUUUUUUUACUACAAUUUCUUAAUAGCAGCAGGAAAAUUUUUAAUUUGUCCUUGCUCAUUUGUUGUAUAUAGUCAUUCAUGUAACUAAUAAUUUAGUUGUAGUGUGUCAUAGUACAAAUGUAAUUUACCUUAGUGAUUGUUUCCAUUGAUGUGUAGUCCAUGUUUAGAACAUUUAUUAUACUAUUUAAUAUUGUUGCUUUUGUUGUUCCUAAGAGUGCAAUUAAUUUAAGUUUUACUGGAUUGUUACAUAAAAGGAUUUUCAUACAAGGUAUUAAAAUUCUGAUUGCCUGUCAUAUUCCCUCUUUUCUUACUUUAUCUUUCCUCUGCCUAUAAUAUGAUACAAGUGGAAUACUCAGAUCUCUAAAUUAGGAGCAAAUCUUCAGGUUAAUGAAGGUUCUACUAUGGCAUAAGAAUGAAUUCUUGUCAAACUUAAACCUACAUUGAUUCUGAUUCUUAUAAUAAAAUGGGUAUUGUAUACUAUUAAUAUAAAGUGUGUAUGUGGGGGUCAUAUCCUUUCUCUGUAAGCCACAUGUUUACGAGACUACUAAAAUGCUGGGAGCAAGGGGGUUAGUAAAAACUCUGUAUAAAUUACUAAAUGUAAAAAGAAGAGGUGGUUCUUUUUUGGGUCACCCUGCCUCGGUGGGAGAAGGGUCAGUGUGUUUAAGAAAAAAUUGUGUAUUUUUUUUAAACACCAGCUACCUCCCACCAAAGUAGGGCGACUGAAAAAGAAAUGCCUUCAUCACUCACUCCAGAGGUGUGCUGACAUAACUGAUACCCCUCCUAACUGCAGUAUACCCACCCUUCUUUCAGAGUGUAUGUACUAUACCUCCAGGACUAGUCCAGUUAAUCAGUUUCCCCGAAUCCCUUUAUAACAAUGGCAGUCUCCUACCAAGGCAAGGAUGACCCAAAGCAUUCUAAUUGCCAUUUUUACAGAAGUGUGCCAACACAAGUCAGAUUAACCCCCCGACUACAACACACCCCUCCAAGAGUGCAGGCACUCUCCAAGUCUUGAGUCCAGCUAAACAGUUUCCUUUAACUCCUUUGUGAAAGUUACCUGGCUCUAUGUAUAUCAGUCCUCCUCUGUCCCAUACAUUAUUCCUCUAGAAAAACAAAAAAUUAUCUUGCCAGUAGCUUAUAGUUGUUUCCUAGGCCAUCAUGUAUUAAAAAAAAAAAAAAAAAAAAAAAAAAAAUUGGUACAUUGGCAAAAUAUUUUGGCUAUCAUAGAAUGGGUAUACUAUCUGUUUUUAAAAUUUAAUAUAUAUUAUUAAUGAAUGAUACUGCUAAAUUAGGUAGUAACUAGAUCCUGGACAAUAAAUACUGCAGCUAGUUUUAAUAACAUUGAGGUGUUUCCACGAGUACCUUCCAUUAAAAUUUAUAGGUAAUUUUUUUUUUAAUUUUGUGUAUAAAUACUUUAUAUAGAAAAUUCUCUGCCAGUAACAUAAGUACAAUUUUUUUUUAAAUUUGUCAAUAUUUGUUACUUAUGUACUGUACACAGAUUUAUAUGGAGAGGGUAAAACAAAUCUCAUAUGUCUUGUGUCACAGUGUGAUAAUGCCUAAUGUGAAUAAUCAUUGUGAUCCUUGGAUAGUACUACAGAUGCUGUGCUCUUCCUAUCCCUAAUGUGCUCAUAAUCAUGGAAUCCAAUGGUCAUAUUGACUGUCCAUAUUGCGGUUGUAAGUGUACACUAUGCAAAUUGUAAAUAUUUAAGAAUAUUGUGUACAGAAAAGUAUUUAUGAAUGUAUAUGGUGUAAGUUUUUUACUGUUGAAUAAAAAAAUGAUGAUUUUU